UAAAAAUGUUUGAUUAGGGAUAUACAAAAGCGAUAGGAAAUAGAUGAAGUUUCGGCUACGGCCAUUAACAGUAGGAUUUAUACGAGGGAGGAGAAGCGGAUAUUUUUACAAGUAGUCGUUAGAAUUGGCCUUGGAAUUUGGAGUUAAGCCGCUUCUCCUAACGGUCAGAAAUCAUGACAUAUCACUGCCAGAUUUGAAAGGGGUUGAGGUCAAACAGAUGUUGACAACACCAGUGGUUUUAAGUUAACACCAUUGUUAAAUCAUAAUUGCAGAAGGAUUCACAAGUUUUAUUGUUUUCUUUGAUGAAGCGAUCGGAGCCACACAAACAGAAAUCUACAUUGAGCUGGGUACGCUGAUCUGCAUUUUGUGGUCGAUCUGUCAGAUAUUUGAUAGAGGUCCGGAUUCAACUUUGAGUUGCUUAUACUUCAGUACCGGUGCUGUCUAGAAAGAGUAGAAGCUCGGACAUAUGAGCAGUAUUUCUCAUUGGGUUUGGAGGCAUUGUGACAAUUUUUAAGGGAUUUAUAAUAUUUUCCCGUUAUAAUGGAAUACAAAAAGGUGGGAUUAAGUUCUCCAUCUUUAACUCCCAAGGCCUCUGAGAGGACUAAAAAUGGGGAUUCCAAUGGAACAAGUCGACAUGACAAAGAGAAAGGAGUAAAUGUACAAGUUUUACUGAGAUGCAGGCCUUUCAAUGAGGAUGAAUUGAAGGCUAAUGUCCCCCAGGUCAUAAACUGCAAUGAGCAAAGGCGAGAAGUCUCGGUCUAUCAAAGUACAGCCAGCAAGAAUAUUGAUCGGACAUUCACUUUUGACAAGGUUUUUGGUCCAAACUCCCAGCAAAGUGAGUUAUAUGAUCAGGCUAUCGUGCCUAUUGUAAAUGAAGUUUUGGAUGGAUAUAACUGCACAAUUUUUGCCUAUGGCCAGACUGGUACAGGAAAGACAUACACAAUGGAAGGCGGAGGGAAAAAAGCCAAGAAUGGAGAGUUUCCUUCUGACUCAGGAGUAAUCCCAAGAGCUGUCCGCCAAAUAUUUGACACAUUGGAGGCUCAAAAUGCUGAGUACAGUAUGAAAGUUACAUGCCUAGAGCUAUAUAAUGAAGAAAUAACAGAUUUGUUGGCUCCAGAUGAGUUCCCAAGACCCUUUGAUGAUAAAUCUAAAAAGCCGAUUGCUCUGAUGGAAGAUGGUAAAGGAGGAGUGUUUGUAAGAGGCCUCGAAGAAGAAAUCGUCUGCAGUGCGAAUGAGAUAUAUACUCUAUUAGAAAGAGGGUCUUCCAAGAGAAAAACUGCAGAAACUUUAUUAAAUAAACAAAGCAGUCGUUCUCAUUGCAUAUUCUCAAUCACAAUUCAUAUCAAAGAAGUAACUCCAGAGGGUGAAGAACUUAUUAAAUGUGGAAAACUUAAUCUUGUUGAUCUGGCUGGUUCUGAAAAUAUUUCGCGUUCUGGUGCACGAGAGGGAAGAGCAAGGGAGGCAGGUGAGAUCAAUAAAAGCCUGCUCACUCUUGGACGUGUGAUUACUGCUCUGGUUGAGCAUUUAGGCCACAUACCUUACAGAGACAGCAAGCUGACAAGACUGUUGAGAGAUUCUUUGGGUGGGAAAACAAAGACUUGCAUAAUUGCUACAGUUUCACCUUCAGUCUAUUGUCUAGAAGAAACUCUCAGCACAUUGGAUUAUGCUCAUCGUGCUAAGAGUAUCAAGAACAAACCAGAGGUGAACCAGAAAAUGAUGAAGUCUGCUCUUAUAAAGGAUCUAUAUUCUGAGAUUGACAGGCUUAAACAAGAGGUCCAUGCUGCAAGGGAGAAGAAUGGCAUAUAUUUGCCACGCGACCGCUUCCUCCAGGACGAAGCUGAAAAAAAGGCCAUGACAGAGAAGAUAGAACACAUGGAAACAGAAAUGGAAGCCAAGGACAAGCAAAUAGAGGAAUUGCAAGGACUUUACGAUUCUCAGAAACUUCAAAGUGCAGAUUUAUGCAAUAAGCUUGAGAUAAAUGAGAAAAAGCUUGCGGAUACGGAGUUUGCCUUGAAUGAUCUUGAAGAGAAGCAUAGACAGCUAAACUGUACGCUCAAAGAAAAGGAAUUCAUCAUCUCCAAUUUGUUACAAUCUGAGAAAGCAAUUGUUGAACAAGCUUGUGGACUUCGAUCAGAACUAGAGAACACAGCACAGGAUGUAUCAGGACUAUUUGCAAAAAUAGAGCGGAAGGAUAAGGUAGAAACAGGAAAUAAAGUUCUUGUCCAAACAUUUCGGUCACAGUUGACUCAGGAACUUGAAGUCUUGCAUAAGACUGUUGAAGAUUCUGCAAAGCAACAACAACAACAUCUAUCAACUAUGGAAAAGCACAUGCAGUCCUUUGUAUCUACAAAAACUGAUGCUACAGAAGAACUUAGGAACAGGGUUGAGAAAUUGAAAACAAUUUAUGAUUUUGGAAUGAAAGGCCUGCAUGACCUAGCAAGUGCGCUGGAUGGAAGUUCUCUCUCUACUUUUGUUAAACUCAACUCAACAGUAUCUAUGCAUGCAUCCACACUUGAGAAUCUGUUAGGAAAAGCUGUAUUAGACGCUGAGGCUUUACUGAGUGAACUUCAUGGCACUCUUUCCAAGCAAGAGUGCACAAUGGCUUCAUAUGCACAACAGCAACGAGAGGCUAUUCAGAGAACUAUAGAAUCCACAAGGGUUAUUUCCAAAGUCAAUACAGAUUUCUUUGCAACUCUCGAAAAGCAUGCAUCUAAGCUCAAUUGUUUUGUGGAAGACAUGCAAAGAGUUCAUGACAAGAAAUUAGAGGAUCUCGAAAAAAGAUAUCAGGAGUGUGCUGCAAAUGAGGAGAAGCAACUUUUGGACAAAUUUGCAGAAAUGCUGGCAAGCUCAACUGCUCGAAAAUCACAAUUAGUACAAUCUUCUGUGCAUGAUCUACGUGAAAAUGCAGUCAGUAAUACUCAUGAGUUGCAGGAAGGAAUGUCAAAUAUGCGACAUGACACAUCUGGUGUACAGAACCAGUGGAAUAUAUACAUGAAGCAAGUUGAAACUGACUAUGUUGAGGACACAACAUCAGUGACAAGGGGGCACAGCUCUAUGGAAGAAACUGUACAGGAAUGUAUGGCAAAAACAACUGCUGCUGGAGUACAGUGGAAGAAUGCACAAGAAUCAGUGCAGAAACUUGAGAAGAGCAAUAUUGAAGCUGUUGCUUCAAUAAUCAAGAGUGGCACGGAGGCAAAUCAACUUAUUUUGGCUAAUUCUACACUUUCUUUAUCUUCCACCAAUGAGGAAUUUCAGACUGGAAAUAAAAACCUCAUGUCAUCCAUUGACUGUUUACUGGAAUUGGAUCAUGAAGUCUGCACAAACGUUGAAUCCACACUAGCACCUUGUUCAAAUGAAUUCAUACGACUUAGAAAGAAUCACUACGGGGAGGUGGAAAAAAUAAGCAAAGAAGCACACAGAUAUCUAGAAGAUGAGUACAUGGAAGAUCAACUUUCUUGUACAACACCAAGGAGGAGGCCUAUCAAUAUACCAAGCAUGGCUUCAAUUGAAGAGUUGCAAACUCCUCCUUUUGAUGAGCUACUGCAAGAAUUUCAAAAGAUGAAAUCUGAAAAUCGCUUAAAGCAAGCAAAUGGAGAGCUAAAACAUUUAACGUCUGAUUUUUCAUCCAUGAGAGAAUCAAGAAUUCCUCUUACAGCCAUAAAUUGAUUGGUUUGGAUGAAAUGGGCAUUCUUUUUAGUAAUUUAAAUUGUUUGAUUAGUUAUUCCAAAGUAGGAAAAGUAGGAUUGAUUGGGGUUUUGGGAUUUAUCAGGUUCUGUAAAUUAUGUACAGCAUGCAAACACGAGAAAACAAAGGGACUUCUAGCAUCAGAUAAGGAUACACAUUGGAUUCUUAGUGUUUGCUAAUCAUCCAGUCAUGGAUAGAAAGGACCAAGCCGUUGGAACACUAUUAAAAGAGAAUGUGAGUCCAGAAAUGGGUUGCAUUUUACCCAGUGGGGUUUACAUGUUAUGGUUAUUGUGUUCUAUGGCGAAGCAGAUUCAUUUCUCGAAUUUCUUGAAAUUUUUUACCAUACUUUAAUAGUAAUAUACACUAUCACAGUAAGAGUUUAUUGUAUGGGAUUUAAUGUCUUACAAAUCCCUAGCCCGCUUCAACUAUUCAUGUGCUUUGUAAUUGAAGCAAAACUGUAUGAGAACUAAUGCUAUUGUAUAUAGAUCCAGAUGGCAUUUAAGGUUUA